AUGUCAUGCAAAAUUUCUAGAUUUUCAUACCAAAAGCUAAGAAAAGAGGUUAUUCUUGAAGAAGAAGAUGCUGAGAACAAAAAACGAGUCAUUAAAACUUCAUCAUUUCCAAAAAUUACCAAGUGGUUUGGUAAUAAGUUGAGAAAGAGAAAGUUGAAGUUUAAGUUUUCUGGGUUUAGAAGAUUUUUCAAGGUAAAAUCAAGGAUUAAAGUGGCAAGAUUUAGAUUAUCAUGGGUUAAUAAGGUUUUGAAGAGAUUAAAGGAAAGCCAAUCACAUUUUGGUGAUCUUUUUGCUGGUAAUUACUUGGUUAUGCAAGUUACUCCAACUGAUUUCAACAAGAAGAACACAAACAAAAACACUAUUAUUGUGGGUAAUCCUUAUGGUCCUAAUAAUAAGAUUACUAGUUUUGCACAUUUUACUUAUAUGUAUUAA